AUGGCUGAAGAACAUGGUGUGAAUGUGGAUAAUGAGAUCCAACUGACUGUUGUUGAUGAUGAUCAAGUAACCACUGCUCAAGAAAUCUCAACUGAUGAUGAUGGAGUCAUUCCUUCUGAAUCUAAUAAUCCUGAAUGGUUGACAGAUCUUAUUCACGGAAACAAUGACAAUAACCCAUCAGAAGAAGAAAGUGGUUACUUGUAUAGGUGUCACUUGAAAUUUGAAGGUCAUCUUGAUGGCUUGCCAAAAAAAAUGACUGCAUGCUUCAUCAAACACUUGAGCGAAGAGACAGGAGAAGAUUUAUUCCAAGUCUUGAUCAGUGAAAGUAAUGACCUACUAAAGUUCAGAUAUCAUGAGCGUGAGUACGAUGGAUAUGGGGACGAAGAUGUGAUGAAGUAUCUUUUUUUGAGUGGGUGCACAAUUUUAAUGCUCAUAGAAAGCUAUACUUAUCAUUCAUUAGAAAAAUUAUAUGGAAUUAGUCAUGGUGAAGCAAGAAAGAUCCAAGAAUAUUUGUUUAAUUUUGAGAACCAAAUCCCUUUUAGAGUGGUUCAGUUGUUGGUGAACAUGACCAAGCACCCACAUCAUCUAAAAGAAAAAAUUGUGAAAUUUAUUCACACCAACAGUAUCAUAAAGGAUUUGCCAAUUCCAAGCACGAACAAAAACAGUGGGAUGACAUUGGAUAAUAACAUCAUUGAUGCUAUUAAUGGUUCCAGAUAUGAUAAACAUCCUUUCCUCCUUCACCUUCUCUACUUGUUAAUCACAUCUAGUGAUGGCAAUAUUAUCAAUACCAAUAACGAUCGUCCAUAUUAUGGUUGGGGGGUUUGCUUGGAAGGAACGGAGAAGGAUCCUAAAGAGUUUUUUCGCAAUGUUGAGGAACUUACAUCAACAGGGAUAGAGUUAGAGCCUAGUAGUUCUGGCCUGGCAACCAUAUCAUUCAGUGCCAAAUGUUUUAACCUCAAAGGCCAUCUUAAACUCCCUUCAUUAAUUGUGGAUGAAUGGACUGAGGAAAAGCUCAAAAAUCUUCUUCGCUAUGAGAUGUUCAUCAAAGAAAACAAGCUUAUUUCUUAUAUAAAAUUUAUGGAUAUUCUCAUCGAUGUAGAACAAGAUGUUAAGCAGUUAAGAGCAUCGCGAGUACUUCAAAACAGACUCAGCAGUGAUGCAGAUGUGGCCAAUCUCUUUAAUGGAUUAGGCUCUAAAUUCAGUGAGCCACAAGAUGACUUUUAUAGGGAUGUGAAGAAGAAGAUACAAAAACAUUGCGAGAGAAAGUGUGCAAUUUGGAUGACUCAAGUCUAUCACAAAUAUUUUAGUACCCCAUGGGCUAUGAUAGGUCUUAUGGCUGCUGUGAUAGUGCUUUCUUUAGCUGCUGUUCAAGCUUGGUAUGCUAUCAAUCCAAAAAAGUGAAAACAU